UUUUUAUUCAUUGUCAGUCUAAGUAAAUGUAUUUUCUUGCAUUUACACAAAGUGUAUUUUAAGAUUGGAAAUGCAUAAAACUGUGCAUACAUUAUUGUUUAAAUUUUAUAAGCUGUCGAUAUAUCCAUAUUGUGCAUUUCCAUUUAGUACUUCUACUCUUUCCAGUAUAAUAGGCUUUUAUAGUGACACUUUUUAAACAACAUGACACAGAGCCAGAAAGGAAACUACACUGUUACAGUGUUGCGUGUCUUGCCGCCAAAUGACUCCAUCCCACCCUCAGGCGAGGGUGGGACAGGCUGGGGACACGAUGGAGCCAGGACGCCUGUCAUGUCUUCCGCUAACUUAUCACAUGCCUGGUUUGUGAUUCCGUCCCCUUUCUUUCCGCUGGACACUGAUAUUUUUAAUACAAAACAACAGAAUUGUCUGCUAAGAAAACUGACAACUAGAGUAAACAGAAAAGGUCAGAUUAGAUUUGCAUAGAACUACAUUCAUUAUAAAACACUUUCUUAGUUUUCCCUAGUCAAGUCUAGGAAAUGUUUGCAGAAACAAAGUAAAGUAAACCAUCCUGUCCUCAUCUGUACUUUCAAUGUUCACUUUGGAGAGAAUGUCGAACUGAGAACUUCAGGCUUUCUCACUUAAGAGGAUGUAAUCAACACCGGUGUGUUUAAUGAGAGCCAUUAGUGCUAAUGGGUUACUAUGGAGUAAGUCCUGAUGAAGCCUCAGAGUCAAAAACUAUUAGCUGUGAUGGGCUGUGUCGAUAUCCUUAUGGGAUUUAGGACGCUCAUUAGCGUCAUAGCUUUGCGUCUGCCCUUCGAAGAAAUGAAACAAAAGAGCAGAUGUUCAAAUCUAAAACCCAAAACUUUCAUUGAGGUAUCAGUGAACUGGCACUAUCUAGACAUAAUAUCUCAUGAGUAGUACUGUUAUAUAGGAAAUUCCUCAUAAAACUAAUGCCUUAGAUGCCUUUUGAAUACUGUACAUACAACAGUUGUUCAAAAUGCUUAGAAUAAUUCCAUGGCACUCACUGUAAAUAACCUUGACAAAAGUCAUUGUUUACUUUGGGAACAACCCACCCAAUCAAAGUUGUGUUUGGUUUGGUCCAGUGAGGAAAGGGGGGAAUGCCUUUCCUGUGAUUUCAUUAUGGUGACCAGUGUGAAUGAGAAGCCUAGCUUUCUCCUAAAAGUAGCAAUACUUUGCAUCUGUUAAUAGAAGCUUGAAGCUUAUUGCCAAGAUUAUUAUUUUUUUUAGUAGUAAUGCCUGAAACUCUUUUUUACACUAAGUCUAAAGUUUUUGUAUGACAUUUCCACGUAAGAACCAAACGAACAACAAUGCUCAUUACAAAGAUUGAAGCAAAAGAGGCUUGCGAUUGGCUUCAUGCAGCUGGUUUUCCUCAGUAUGCACAGUUAUUCACCGAUUGCGGUUUCCCUAUUGACAUAGACUGUGUGAAGAGUGAUCAUGAAUUUCUGGAUAAGGAUGCCUUAGAUUCUCUCUGCAGGAGAUUAAGUACCUUAAACAAGUGUGUGGAGAUGAAGCUGGAGUUGAGCCGGUCCAAAAGAAGGAGAGAUGAAGAGGAGGAAGAAGGCCUCUAUGCAAUCAGCCCAAAAUGGUCAUUCGACAGGAAGAGCAGGCGUUGGAUCCGUGUGGAUGAUGGGGAGCUACUGCACUCACUGAACAGCCCUAUUUCAAGUUUGAGGAGAUCUGGAAGCUGUGAGGCCUCUCUUUCUGAUAGUGGUGAAUGCCAUGAGCUUUGUUCCACUCAUAGCUCUAGUAAUGCUGACAGCGAUGGGGGAAGCGCUCCCAACAAAACAGCAGAGGAACCCGAAACAAGUCGUAGCUCCUCCAGAUGCUCCUCGAACUACAAGCCCCAAUCUCCCGACACUUCUUCCAGCAGACCUCCAUCCCCCAGUGAACAUCACACUUUGAGUAGUGAAGAGUGCCUUGCUGAAAAGCCUCCAGUAAAAAAAGGCAAAAGCCUUCUCCGGAAAAUGGAGAAACUCAGAUUAAGAGGAAGCCCGCUACAGCCACACACCCAAAGUGGGAAAACCAGACUUGUCAUAAGUGGACCAAUUAUCCAGGAAGGUCUUGGCGAGGAAAGGCUGAAGCAUCUUCAAUGUCUAGACUUAGCAAGGCUCCAAGACAAGACUGGAAGUCCUGCAUCCUGCUCACCGCCCUCUGGAUCCAGUAGCAGUCCGUCUGAAAGUAGCAGUGCCGUCAGCACGCCAAGCCCUGUGACCAAGGUGCGCAGCAACUGCAAACGCCCGGGGCUGCCCAAACAAGACGACAGCCAGAAGCAAAUCAACGAGCAGCAUUUCAACAACCAGCGCAACCUUGACGCCAACCCCGUCUUUGAAAUUCCCCAUGGACACAAGCCAGGGACGUUCCCAACUGUGCUCUCCCACAACAGCGCCUUCUUGCCUAUCGACAACACUUCGGUCAACUGGAGGACUGGAAGCUUCCAUGGUUACCGAGGUAGACGUUGUAAAAGCAGUAGCUCCAAGGACCAGGAACAAGCAUGCAGCCCGCUGGCUACUUGUGAUCACCGCGUCAGCAUUUACGACAAUGUCCCAGAUCACAUGCAGAUUUUGGAUGAUGAUGUCUUCUCAGCUUUGGACAGUGUAAUGGAACGCAUUUGUGGCCUGCAGCAGUUGGUAACCUCUUGGACAGAUAAGUUAUCAGAGGACGGGGAUUCAGAUUUUUCCCACUCGGGUUCUCCCUCACCCUCCUCUCUGACUGACAUCCACCUUGAGAUCAAAGAGCCAGAAGAGACAGAUGAAGCUGCCCUAGAGGAGACGUACAACAAGAACCCAGAAGCAUUUGCACACACUGCUCGGCCUACAGAGCAUACUGAUCGAAUUCAGAGGCCCCACUGGUCCAGUGCACAGAUGCUUUCACUGAGUAACCCCAGCACAGGCAUACAGGCAAAAUCAGCACCACAUGUCUCCAUGCUGCAAAGACUGAGCCUUCUCAGGCUCACGGCUCUGAUGGACAAGCACUCACCCUUCAGCAAACAAGGCUGGAACUGGACUGUGCCAAAAGUCUACCGAAAGGUUAAACCCUCAGAACAUAAGAGCAGAAAGGUGUUUGAGGUGCCUUUGAUCCAGAGCAUCCAGCAAUCGGGGAAACCUUUGCCACCAAGCAUUUUGAGAGCAAUGGAGUUCUUAAGGACCGAGUGCUUGGAUCAGGUUGGGCUCUUCCGAAAGUCUGGGGUUAAAUCCCGCAUUCAAAAUUUAAGGGACAUGGUGGAGGCUGACCCCGAUGGUGUGUCCUUUGAAAAUCAGUCGGCUUUUGAUGUGGCUGACAUGGUGAAACAGUAUUUCAGAGACCUACCUGAACCCAUCUUCUCCAGCAAACUGUGUGAAAGCUUCCUGCACAUCUACCAAUACUUCCCAAAAGAUCAGCAGUUUGCGGGGGUUCAAGCAGCCAUCUACCUCCUGCCUGAUGAGAACAGGGAGGCUCUUCAGAGCCUCCUCCUUUUCCUCCAAGAGGUGGUCGCCUGCGUGGAGGAGAACCAGAUGACCCCAACCAACAUCGCUGUGUGCUUGGCGCCCUCUCUGUUCCACCUCAACUCUUUCAAAAGAGACAGAACCAGCAUGAGAUCUAGACAACGGAAAUACAGCUUGGGGAGGCCGGACCAGAGGGAUCUAAGUGAGAACCUGGCUGCAACACAAGGACUGUCCCAUAUGGUUACUGAAUGCUCUCGACUUUUCCAGAUACCGAAAUACUGGGAAGACCAGGGAGCAGGCAGCUUUACUGAAGAUUCAAAUGAUGCAAGUUCUGUGUCUCACUGUGGAGAAAAUGAACUUCCGGACCGUGCCAGGCUGUUUCUACUCACACAAAAACUCUUGAAGGAGGUCAGAGACAAGUCUAAAGGCUGGAUAUCCUGCUUAAGCUGUGAUCAUGUGGAUGUGGCAGUUAAAAAGGUGGAGGACGGUUACCCUUUGCGGCUCUGGAGAGGAACGACCGAAGUGGAUGCUCCGCAGCAGGAAGUCUUCCACCACGUGUUAAGAGAACAGAGUCAGUGGCAAAGAGACCUCUUGCACAGUGAGGUGGUGGAGACUCUGGACAAGGAUGCAGAUGUGUACCAUUACAUACUGCAGGCUGCAGGGGCCAGACCACCACUGCAGCAUGUUCUGUUAAGGAUGUGGCAAACGGAUCAUUCCACAGGGUCCAUGUUUGUGUCCUCCACCUCUGUGGAGCACGCCGCUGUGACUGUCAGAGGAGUAAGGGCGCAAGUUUUCUGCAGCUUCUUUUUAAUCGAGCCUCUGGGGUCAAAAAAGUCACGAGUCACGCACCUCUGCCGGACCGACACAAGAGGUCGAUCUCCAGAAUGGCAUCAUAAAGUAGGAGGACACCUGGUUUCAUCUGUGUUGAUGGCCAUGAGGGACACUUUUAGACACAAAACAAAAGACUCAAAGCAUUGUAAGGACUCCAAAGAGUAAUUUGUUAAACCCCAGACAGUUUUAAAAACCCAUGAGCAAUGUGUCAGCUAAAAAAAAGAGAGAGAAAACAAAGAAAUAAAUAAAGUGGGUGUGAGCAAGCGAAUGAACUCCAAAGCUCCGAGAUGAUUUUCCAGAAUCUCGGUACCGUUGAGAGUUACGGGACCAUUUUAAUGCAAAGACCAUUCAGCCUGCAGACAAGGAACAACAACAGUGUGAUGAGGUGCUCCAAGUGAGCCGGUGCACUCGGCAUUAUCAAGACUGACAAGAGAGAGUGUCAGAGUAAUGAAAUGUCUCAUCCUAUUUAAAGGACCGUUCCACGGGCUAAUGCGUUGCAGUGGUUGACUCUAAUGCUUAAAAACAGCGGGAGUUGAGAGUUUUAAAGGAUGGACUGGUUGACAUGAUCUGGAAAUAUACCACUCUGAAGACUCGACUGCCGUGUCAUUCUUGAGACACCUUCAUGCUUCAAGAUGAGAAACACAAGCGCAGAUUAGCCAUGUUCUGUACAGUAGCUGAGACACUGAUUUAAGCAGGCGUGAAUUUCAGUUGGAAGCUGCCACGUUCGCUUUUAUUUAUUUGAGAACGUUAAAAGACUGUCUGAUCGACCAUUUGGUGAUAUAUGUGACCUGGCACAUUACAAAGCUUUAUUACGUCAGACUCAAAUGUUACCACUGUAUUAUAAUUAUUUUGUAUUUUACUAUCAGAGUUUUGAACUAUAUGGUCAAAAUGUGAUUUGAUAAACAAAAUAGCAUAAUUAUACUAGAAAUAUCAACUUUAUCAUAGCAAGUUCUAAUAUAACUUAUAUUUUUGUGAUGGUUUUGAUGAUAUGUUACAGAUUUUAUUUAAAUAUAUAUCAUUGAAGUACACCUUGGCUUGACGAGACUUAUUUUCUUGAUAUUUCUUUUGAUUGGUCAAUCUGCUUUUUACAUUGUAAUAGACUAUUUGUAUUCUCAUCUGAAGUUUUGAAGUUACAAUGAAAUGGAAGUAGCUGCCGUACUGUAACCUACGUCUGAGUGUAACCGAUUACUGAAAAAGAGAAAAUGGAGGGUGGGACUUGCUCCUGUGUAUCAGUUGUUGAUUGGAUUUUGAGAUGUGGGUGUGGCAGAUAAACGUAAGCUUGCAGGGGCGGGGUUUAA